UUUUGGGCUGGAAUUGACACACAAUGAGGAGUCGGGAGCAGCCGCUUAAAAGCCUUCUGUAAAUAAACAGGACCUUCAUCAGGCCGGCGAACUAUGGAGAAUCAGUGCACGGUUCAGGUAAAGCUUGAGCUGGGUCACAGGGCCCAGCUGAGGAAGAAGGUGACGUCAGAGGGCUUCACCCAUGACUGGAUGGUGUUUGUGCGAGGCCCUGAGAACAGCGACAUUCAGCACUUUGUAGAUAAAGUCGUCUUCCGGCUGCACGAGAGCUUUCCUAAACCCAAGAGGGUGUGUAAGGAGCCACCGUACAAGGUUGAGGAGUCGGGAUAUGCUGGUUUUCUGAUGCCCAUAGAGGUCUACUUCAAAAACAAGGAGGAGCCAAAGAAGGUGUGCUUCAAUUACGACCUCUUCCUUAACCUGGAGGGGAACCCACCUGUCAAUCACUUGCGCUGUGAGAAACUAACCUUCAAUAACCCCACUCGUGACUUCCGCCGCAAGCUGGUCAAGGCUGGAGGGAUCAUGGUGGUCCCAGAGGGGGCAGAGGUGGUCCCGAGACCCAGCCCAGAUUACCCCAUGCUUCCAACCAUCCCUCUCUCUGCCUUUUCUGACCCUAAGAAGAGCAAGACCUCACAAGGAUCAAAGGAGCCUAGUAAAGAGGGAAGCAAAGUGUCUAAAUCCCACAAAAUGGCCAAGGAGCAUCGAGAGCGGCCACGAAAAGACUCUGAGAGCAAGACCACAUCCAAAGGAGAUGUUGAACGGGACGGCAGCAGCAAAAGUAGCCGCGACCCUUCCUCAUCUUCAUCUUCAUCAUCCAAGAAAACAGAGAUCAAAGUGAAAGACGAGAACAAAGUCCUGCCCAAAGCUGCUUUCAAGGAGCCCAAGCUCACGCCGAAGGAGUCCAAAAUGGAAGGCAUGUCUCCUAAAGGAGGGGGAGCGGGGUCAGCAGGCGGUGGAGGGGGAGGAGGAAUGGCCGAUGGAAAAGCACCCAGCAAACGACCUUCCAAUGCGGAGUCACCCAAACCUAGUGUCAAGAAGCCAAAGAAGGGGGGUUCAGAGGGGUCAAAAGGCUCCAGCAGUGGGGGGUUCACCGGCACCUCCCCCCGAACCGCGUCUUCCUCCACGGCCUCCUCGGGAUAUGUGGAUAAGAAGGCCUCUAAAGAGAAGGGCCGCUGGGCCAAGGGCAAGUCAGAGGCCCAGGAGGUCAAGGAGUCCAAGAAGCCUCCGGAAUCCGAUGACUCCAACUCAGAUGAUGAGGCCUCGUCUAAGUCUGAGCAGUCAGCACCUUCCAGCCCGUCUAAUUCCAGCUCCAGCUCAGAGUCCAGCUCCGACUCAGACUUUGAGCCACAGCAGAAACAAGGCCAAGGCCCGCUGCGCUCUAUGGUGGAGGACCUCCAGUCGGAGGAGUCGGAUGAUGACGAUAGCAGCUCAGACGAAGAGACGCUAGUCAAGAACAACCUGCCCGGUCAAGACUCCAGGCUGAGCUUAGACAGCGAGAGUGACUGCAGUGACGGGCCGCAGCGUCCCAGUCGAGACCCACCACCUCAGCCACAGAAACACAGCACCACCAACAACAAGGUGUCAGGCAGAAAGAGUCCAGACCCUUGUUUACGACAAGAAAAGGUCCUGAAGAAGGGAUACGACAAGGUAGGAAGGGCAUACACUGAAGAGCUGGUAGACCUUCAUCGCAGGCUGAUGGCGUUAAGAGAGCGUAACAUUCUACAGCAGAUCGUGAACCUCAUUGAGGAGACCGGCCACUUUAAUGUCACCAACACAACUUUUGACUUUGACCUUUUCUCAUUGGAUGAGUCAACUGUCCGUAAACUACAGAGCUACCUGGAGGCCACCGCCACAUGA